UGACGUCAGAAGCAGACUAAAAUGUCAUUGCAGUAGUGUAACAAUAUUGUUUCUUUCUGAGAAUAACUUUGCAUUAAAUGUUCCUUUUUCGUUUGUGAAAAUAUUGUCGUUUGUGAUAAUUUGUUUCCCAGUAACUGAAUAUCAGCCAACUAUUAGCAAUGGCAAACAAAUCGCCAAUUGACGAAAGAAGCUAUAUUUUGGAAGGACAGAAAGAGAAUCAACAGGGUGAAAGCAUUUGCUCUGAUGACGGCCAAUCUGUGGAUGAUACAAAGCAACUCUUUCUGUCUGAAGAUGGAAAACCACAAAGCAGCCUGCCAUUGGCAAGUUUUAACUACAUUAAUUCCAUUAUUGGGAGUGGAGUUAUUGGUAUCCCAUAUGCACUCCAUCAAGCGGGUUUUGGCAUUGGCUUGUUUCUUCUUGUUCUUGUUGCGCUGGCUACAGACUAUUCCUUGAUUCUCAUGAUAAGAAGUGGACAUCUUAGUGGUGCUUUCUCAUACCAGGGUUUGAUGGAGGCAGCAUUUGGAAAGCCUGGUUUCAUACUCCUCUCUCUUCUUCAGUUCAUUUACCCAUUCAUUGCCAUGGUAAGCUACAAUGUUGCAGUCGGUGACACUCUUACAAAGGUUCUGAUGCGUGUAGCUGGAGUUGGUGUAGAAUCUUUACUCUCUCACCGAGAAGUGGUAGUAGCUUUGGCCACAAUACUAAUCACUGCUCCGCUCUGCCUGUACAAGGAUAUAGCCAAGCUGGCAAAAAUCUCAUUCCUAUCCUUGGUUUUUGUAGCAUUCAUCCUCAUAACAAUAUUCAUACGUCUGGGAACACUCCACGAUAUCAUACCUAGCACACAUGACUCUUGGAGAUUUGCAAACUGGGGUAUUAUCCCAUCUAUUGGAAUCAUGGCCUUUGCAUUUAUGUGUCAUCACAACACAUUUCUAUUAUAUGGUUCAAUUCAAGAUGCAGAUCAACAUCGGUGGGACACUGUGACUCAUGCCUCUAUCCUCACAUCCCUUGUAGUGUCAGCCCUCUUUGGAAUAGCAGGAUAUGCAACAUUUACUGGAAAUUCACAAGGUGAUCUUCUCGAGAAUUACUGUUGGAAUGAUGAUCUUAUGAAUGUAUCACGUAUCAGCUUCAGUAUUACAAUUUUACUCACAUUUCCCAUUGAGUGCUUUGUGAUUCGUGAAGUCAUAGAGAACAGUUUCUUUUCAAAUCUGACAUCACCCGAGGACAAAUGGAGAACACUUCGUCAUGUGGGAAUAACCAUUAUGAUUGUCAUAACUACAUACCUCAUAUCCAUGGCUACUGAUUGCCUUGGUGUUGUAUUGGAACUCAAUGGUAUUUUGGCAGCAGUUCCACUGGCUUACGUAUUGCCAGCUGUUAGCUACUUGAAGUUACAAGAAGGAUCUGUAUUCUCCCACAAGAAAUUCCCUGCUUUGUGUCUUGCUCUGUUUGGAAUAAUUAUUGCAAUCUCGGGCAUGGUACUGCUCAUUACCAACAGCAACAAUGUGGAUACAUGCAGUCAUGGGAAUGAGCCACCAUACUGCUUUACCAAUGUAACAACUGGCUAAGAACUUUUGAGUGUCUUAUAAAAACUAGUCCAUUAUCUGAUAUGUGCUAAUUUAACAAUCAAAUUCAAGAAAAUCUCAUUAGAUUCUACUUGCUGUGAAUGCUAAUUCUUCACAUGAGUUUCUUCCCCUGCAGCUCCAUACUUCAUAUAGUAUAUAAUUACAAUAUACUACUCAUGAUAAAUUUUUGAAAAUUAUGCCAAAAAUAACAUUUCUCCAGACACACUAUUUUAAAAGAUUAAAUAUUAUUUUCUUAUUCAAAAUAUACAAUAAAUAUCAGAACAGGUGAUGCCUGAUUUAUGUCAUUUUUCACUUAAAUGUUACUAAUCAAUUCAAACCAAACUAAUAGUUCAGGUUCUCAUGGCAAUGAAUAUGAAGAUGGUUGUCUUCUGGAAUACAGCACCAUGUAGUCUAGUAGAUACUAACCCAUGUUCCCGAAUCAAUGGUCAAUAUCUACCAGAAAAGAGGGUACAAUAUCCAAGAAGACAGCCAUCUUAAUCUAACAUAACACAAACUAAACUCAAAAAAUAACCUUUCACCUGAAUAUAGUUUAUGAAUAUAAAAUGGUCCCAAUUACCAAAACUUUAACUCAUUACAAACAAACCCCACCCCCACACACACACUUGCUUUAACAAUGAGAUGGAUUUCUUUACUAGUUCCUACAUCUUUCUCAAAUAACAUACAUACUUUAACUACCUACAUCUGUGCAACAGCAAAAGUACUCAUACGAAGACAGUGAAUGAUUUGUACUGCUGGUGAUUUAAACACUUUACUUUGUCAACUGUGGUCUUCUUGUCUGUAAUGCCAUUUAGACUUAUAUGUAAUUACCAAUGUUCCCCUGAAACAAUGGUAACCACCUAUAAUAAUCUACAUGGUCACAACCCAGAAAACCACACUCAAAAUAUUUAGUUCCAUGGGAACCUCAUAUCUCAUAUACUUUGCUUUGCUCACAAUUGCAAGAGACAUUAUUUUCAGAUGCUAAAUUAUGAAGAAACAAUUUUAUGUCCUGGUAAAAACAGUGAUUUAUAUGGAAAAGAAAAUACUGGGAUUCAAAUAUUCUAAAUGGACUGUUUUUAAGCACACCUCAAACAUCUAUAACAAACACAAAGGGCAUAAAGAUAUUUAUUUUGAAGUUUUCUAGAAUAUCUGUUCUUCCUAAAUCAUAAUAACAGCAUCAGUGUUCUUGACAAUGCAAUAAGCACAAUUAUCAUGCAUACAAUGUUAUUUAUUGGUGCUAUUCAAAGAGUGUGACUGAUAGGAGAGAACUGUACUGUAAACCUGAAAAUGAAAUUAAUUUAUUGUGAGGGAAUUUUGAUAUGUAAAUGACAUAAUGACCAAACUCAUCAGUACACUUGGAUGUACUGCACAAUCUGCAUGUUCAUCUUCAACUACCGAUACCUCCAAAAUCAUUUCACACUUGUCUGUUUUCAUAUUUGGCUUACAAUAUUUCACAAUGAUUUUCUUUAAAUUGUAAUCAAUUGUGGUGUUGGACCAAUCCUUGUUGGUGCAUCCAUUAUAUGAUACCAUAUAUACAACUAUUUAUUGUCCUUAAGAAAGUUCAAGUAUUGAUGUCUCCUGAAUUUAUUGCAGUAUAUUUUUUGGCUACUGUACAAAUAAGAUAUGAGUGUUAAUAACUGAACUGCAUUACAAAACUUUGCCACAUUUAUGAAUAUGCUAUACUGAGUCAAAUAGUUCUCAGCUUCUUGUUUUGGAAUGUCAUAGGUUCAUAAUCAAGCGCUAUAUUUAACAGGAAGAUCAGAGGGUGAACUAUAUACAUUAUAAUACUGCAAACAAAUGUUUCUGUCAUGAAUUAUAUUUGUCAAAUACAAAUACACCACAUGAUAUCUAGUAACUGCAACAUAUCAUAACCUAAAAAGAACCAUAAUAUAAUGUGCUUAAUGUAAUAUGAAGAUAAAUUAAGUUGCUCUGCCUACAAGGAAUGUUGAUGCAUCGACUGCAAUAAUUGUGAUGUCCUUUUUUAUGUAAUAUUAUUUUGAUUGUAAUUAACUUACAUGUUUAUUUAAAACUUAAAAUGUGAUGUAAUAUAUGAUUAUAAAUUUAAUUUAAUAUUAUUUUGUACAUCUUUUUACAAUGUGAGUUAAUAAAAGACAUUUAUUUACUUCA